AUGGCCACCAUCUCAAUCGAGAUUAUCUCAGACGUGAUCUGCCCAUGGUGCUACAUCGCCUCCCGCAACCUCCAAAAAGCAAUCACGAUCUACAAGAAGACCUACCCGGACGGCUCAAAGGACAUCUUCACCAUCACCUGGCACCCCUACUUCAUCGACGAGGUUCCUCCCACCGAAAGUAUCCUUGUGCAGGACCGCAUGCUCCGCCGGAUGACGCCGCAGCAGGUCUCCGCGGCGCAGACCCGUCUAUUCCGCGUUGGCGCGGCAAGCGGCAUACAGUUCCAGUUUGGGGGGUACAUGGGUAGUUCGCGGCUUGCGCAUCGGCUGCUGCAUAUCGUCAGAGAGAAGAAAGGGAGUGAGGUUCAGAAUCGGCUUGCGGAGAUGCUGUUUCAUUAUCAGUUUGAGCGGGAGGCGGAUGUUAGUGAGGUGGAGGUUGUUGUUGAGGCGGGGGGACGGGUUGGGCUUGGGGAGGUGGAGGAGGUGAGGGAGUGGUUGGCGGGUGACGAGGGGGUCAAGGAGAUUGAGGAGCAGGGGUUGGUUGGCGAGAGAAGCUGGGGUGAAGGGUGUGCCUCAUAUCAUUGUUGGAGGACAGUAUCAUUUUGA